CACUUUUUUAUUAGUAAAAGUAUCGCUUAUUUAAUAAUUAAUUAACUAUUAAAACACAUAAUAAAAUCGUUAUAAUUAUCAAUUAUUUUUGAUGUAUUAAAAAUUAAUUGAAAAAAUGUUUCAAUUGAGAUAUAUAUUUACCUGUUUGUCGCUGACAAUAGUACUAAUCAAUUGUCAAAUUGAUAAAAAGUUUUUCCCAAAUUUCGACACAUUUACCAAACAGGUAAACAAUGUCAAGAUCUAUGGUGUUAAGGGUGGUUCAGGACCGCCACUAUUGCUACUACACGGACACCCGGAGUCGCAUUUGUCGUGGCAUUUGGUAGCCACGGAGUUGGCCAAAAAUUUUACUGUAAUAGCCAGCGAUUUGCGCGGCUAUGGUCAGAGUUCGGCACCAAAUGGAUCGGCAACUCAUGUAGAGUAUAGCAAACGUGAAAUGGCCAAAGACCAGGUGCUGCUUAUGGAGUCGUUUGGUUAUAAAAAAUUUCAGGUAUGUGCCCACGACAGAGGUGCCCGUGUAACUCAUCGUAUGGCCGUCGACUGGCCCGAUCGGUUGGAGCGGGUAAUGCUAUUGGACAUUGCACCGACACUGGCCAUGUACGAGCUAACCGACCUGAAGUUUGCCACCUAUUAUUUCCACUGGUUUUUUCUCAUACAAGACUAUCCGCUACCGGAAAACUUUAUCAACGCCCGACCCGACUGGUGGAUAGAGAUGUCUGGGGGCGGUAUGGACGAAGAGUCCCGGGCCUACAAACAAACACUACACGAUCCGGCCUAUGUUCACGCCAUAUGCGAGGACUACCGGGCCUCGGCUACCAUCGAUAUGGAUCACGACAGGGAUGACAGGUCUAAAGGUCGUAAGGUUCAGAUGCCGUUACGUGUACUGUGGGGGUCAAAGGGUGUGGUCGGUGCUUGUUUCAAGCCAAUGGAGUUGUGGCAUAAUGUAGCCGCCAAUGUAACGGGACGGGAGGUCAACGCCGGUCACGAUAUACAGGAAGAAAUACCCGCCGAACUUCUGAAAGAGAUUUACGCAUUUUUUAGAGUCAAAUAAAUUUGUUGUUUACGUAAUAUUUAUUUAAUAA